GUAACAGUACUAAGUCCAACAUAGGAAUAAGAUUCCCCAUCAUAAAUCACAAUCUUUCCCAAAUCUAAGGUCCUUGGGUUCUGUUUGAUGCUCUCACACGUGAACCAAGAAGGGAAAAAAAAGCUGAUCAUUCUUCCAUACAAUUUUGUUAAUUAAUCCCCAAUAAACGUUGAACUACCUGUCUUCCAAACACACGCAUACAUAUAGUGACAUAGAGUCACAAAGACAUAUACAUCUUUCUUGGUGAGGAGCUAAGAAAAAAAAAGUAGUUGGUUCAAGUCAAUUCAGCUAAAAACUGGUGAAUUCAUCAUCAGUAUCAGUACUUGAUUAAGCCUUCAGCUCCUAAAACAGGGUAAAAAAUUGUACAACAAGGUUGAAUGGGUAUAUCUAAGGAUGAUGUGACAUGACGUUUCCUCUGAAAAAUUACAGCAGAAACAGGACCCUGACACUGUCAUCAACAGAUCAGAGUCGAAAGAGAAAGGAAGCUGUGAAUCAAUGUCAGCUGAAGUUGUUUCUGAUGAACUUCAUAAGAGACUGAGCCCUGAUGAAAGUGCACAUCCUGCGACAUGUGAAGGAGUAUCAGGUGAACUCCAGCCAAGAGAGAGUGUCAAUAAAGGGAUUGAUGUAUCACAAUCCAAUCAAGAAUAUAGUUCCUUUUCUAAUGUACCAGAGAAAGAUUCAGAAAAUGUGCAUCAGAAAAAGGGUUCCGAGAGUGAGGGUGGUGGAUCAGAAUCUGAACCAUGCAUAAAUUCUUGUAAAUCAGAUUCUCAUGUAAAAGAGGAAAACAUUUCCCUAGUACCUGGAAAGGCUUCAGAUUCUUCACACCAAAUACAAAGUGAUGGACUUUUAAAAAUGGAAGAAGUUGUAUCUCAACCUCAUCAAGAACAAGUAACUUGUUCAACAAGGCGUGAGGAAGCUUUGUCUAAGUUGCAACCAAGGCGGAACACUGAUACGAGUGUCCAGGAUUUGCCAUCUGAUCAAGGAGUCACUCCCUCCACAGAACCUGAAAAACCAUCCAAGGAUUUGCCAUCUGAUCGAGGAGUCGCUCCCUUCGGAGAACCGGCAAAACCAUCUGAAGAUGGAUAUAACUGGCGAAAAUAUGGUCAGAAACUUGUUAGAGGAAAUGAGUUUACUCGGAGUUAUUACAAGUGCACGCACCCUAAUUGUCCAGCAAAGAAGCAAGUGGAGAGAUCACAUGAUGGGCAUAUUACCAAUAUUCACUAUAUCACAAAGCAUGAACAUCCAAGACCACUAAAUAGUCCCCAUAUCUCCCCUGAAUUUGUAGUGCCUUCACAAAUAAAACAACCAGACAUGCUAACGGGAAAACCAUGUCAAGCUGAAGGUGAUAAAUCUAUUGCGCUUGAUCAAACAUGUGAAUCUGCCGAAUCAUCGGAGACAGCGGAUGUUGUAUCAGCUGGUGGUAGUGCACAAGAUACAGUUCCGUCGCCACUUGAAUCAGGAAAUGAGGCUGAUAAUAAUGGUGGUCCGGACUCAAAGAGACGGAAGAAAGAAGUACCGAGGAGUGAUGACAUCACUCCACCUAUGAAUUCUCAUAGUGAAACACGCCACAUCGUUCAAACUAGGAGUGAAGUGGAUAUAAUCAAUGAUGGUUAUCGAUGGCGCAAAUACGGGCAAAAAUUUGUGAAAGAAAAUCCAAAUCCUAGGAGUUACUACCGAUGCUCGAGUGCUGGUUGCCCAGCAAAGAAGCAUGUGGAGAGGGCAUCACAUGAUCCAGAGUUAGUGAUUACAGCAUAUGAAGGGCAGCAUGACCAUGAUAUCCCACCUUCCAGAACUGUUAUGCAAAAUUCAUCAGGGGCUGAUUCUAAUACAACCAGAAUAAGUGGAGAGUCCACAUCUCAAUCAGGUGAAAACAACCAUGUUGACCUUGACAGGGUUGUCCAUAUUGGUGCAAAUUGAGCAUAAUGCCAAACAAUCAAACUGAUCCAGAUUUAGAUAAUUCUACAUCAUACAAGUGCUCUAAUCUUAUUUUUUCUUACUUAUUGUAAUUGGUCUAUUGCAGGAGAGAAGAAAGGAUAAAAUAAGUAUUAGGAACCACUGAUUUAACAUCAUAAUUGGUGUGAAUUUCUAAAUUUUACUGUAUAAGUUGUGUUGCCAACAAACAUAACAGAGUUCAGAUUUGAUCAUAUGUAUCUAAUUUGUUGCCAGUUGAUCAGGCUA